CUGUAGAGAGCAACACGCAAAAUCUCGUUUCUCACACAUUUGACAUCUCCCAAUCGUUCCAUUUCUCUUCCAUCCAUCGCGGUGGAGACGGUCUUCCCCGUCGACAACUUGCUACGGUGACAUACCUAACCUCUAUCAAACAACUUCAUUACCAAUCCAUUUCAAUUUCAUCGAAACCAAACUUGAGACUGUUUCUGGCAGGAGGUUUUCGCUCAAUCUCCAAACGAUGGAACGAGAAACGCAGCAACCUCCGGCUCUGGGUCAGGAGAACAGCUCAGAUGGUCCUCGGCAAAUAAGUUCGGAUCGGGUCAAUAGGGUAAAGAAGCUUCUGUUCCGUCGGAUGCUUGUGGGCAUUAAUGAUGGGAGGUUCUUCUUGGGUGGAUUCUACUGUAUGGAUAAGCAAGGGAAUAUCAUUCUCCAGGACGCCGUGGAGUAUCGCAGCACACGGCGGUCCUCGCCUUCUCCGAUGGAGCAGAGGUGCCUUGGUCUUAUUCUUAUUCCUUCUUCAUGCCGCACAUCUUGCCAUGUGGAUUAUUCAGUGGAAGAACAGUUGUCAGUGCUAGCACUCAAUGAGACGGAACUGCACUACAAAUAAUCGGAAUUUGCCCGUUUCAACAAAGGAGAUGUGCAAAGUACAAACCCGAUUCUCCCCUCUCCUGCAUGGAGAAGUUCAGGAAACGACGAUCUUAAUCUCAAAGCAAAGAGCAUCAUUUGAUUUUACUUUGCGUCUGAAACUAGGAAUGACUCAUUUGUAAAUAUUUCUUAAUCGUCACAUUCUAAAAUCCCAUCAUGAUUCUGAAUGGUUGAGCAUGAAGCCAUGAGAAACAUCAAGUUCCACUUUGAUUCAUUGUCAUAUGGAGAGAAAAAGUAAAGAACGCAUGAUUUCCUUCGUUUUGUGAAAGUUCAA